GAGGUGUAUAUCUUCCCUUCUUCUUUGUCCCUCCUCUCCUCCACCAUAGUAGCCUACUCCUCCUCACGCCGCAGUCAGUCUCUCCUCGCAUCCCGCUGCAAACAGGAUGACUCACAACAACCUUCACUUCACCCUCACCUUCAUUUAACCCAGCCAGUGUGUAUACACACACUGCGCCCCAUUUCUACAUCAUUUCCCCGCUGAAACAGCAGCAGCAUGAUGCCCGACGCGACGGCGACCGCUGCUGCAUCUUCGGCGAGCAACAUCAACAUCAGCAGCAGCGACAGCGAGAGCUCGCGGCACAGACACCGGGCGCAGGGGGACGCGGAGCGGCCAGAGCAGCAGCAGCACAGCGCUGCCUCUCAGCACACAUCAGCGGGCGUUUUGGAUAAGCUGUUUGGGAAGAGGCUGCUGCAGGCCGGGAGACACAUCAUGUCCCAUAAAUCCUGGAUGAAGACGGUGCCCACAGAGAACUGUGAUGUCCUUAUGACGUUUCCAGACACCACAGAUGACCACACGCUGCUCUGGCUUCUGAACCACAUACGGCUCGGCAUCCCAGAACUCAUUAUCCAGAUCCGACAUCACAAACACACCAGAAUGCACGCCUUCUUCGUCACGGCCACAUACGAAAAUCUUUUACGAGGGGCUGAAGAGAUGGGACUGCAGAAAGCUGUGAAGCCGGAGUUUGGUGGCGGGUCUCGCAGUUUCUCCUGUGAGGAAGAUUACAUCUACGACAACAUUGAGAGUGAACUCUGUUUCUUCACUUCACAGGAACGCCAAAGCAUAAUCAAAUACUGGCUGGACAAUCUCAGAUCUAAACAUGGGGAGGCCCUUCACAACAUCCACUUCCUGGAAGGACAGCCAAUCAUUCCUGAGCUGAGGGCGCGAGGUGUGAUCCAGCAAGUCUUCCCGCUUCAUGAGCAGAGGAUUCUGGGACAGCUGAUGAAGUCAUGGGUGCAGGCCGUGUGUGAAAAACAGCCCCUAGAUGAUAUUUGUGAUUAUUUUGGAGCGAAGAUUGCCAUGUACUUCGCCUGGCUGGGUUUCUACACCACUUCCAUGUUGUAUCCAGCUGUUAUUGGCUUUGUAUUGUGGAUGCUUACAGAAUCAGAUCAGACCAGCAGGGAUAUCUGUUGUGUGGUGUUUGCUCUCUUUAAUGUGGUGUGGGCCACGUUGUUCCUGGAGCGCUGGAAACGCAGAGGGGCAGAGCUCGCUUAUAAGUGGGGUACACUGGACACCCCAGCCGAGGCCCUGGAGGAACCCAGACCUCAGUUCAGGGGUGUGAAGCGGUGCAGUCCAGUGACGGGCUGUGAAGAGUUUUAUUACCCUCCGUGGAGGAGGAGGGUGUUCAGAUGGCUGGUCAGCUUUCCUGUCUGUAUAUUAUGCCUUUGCUUUGUAUUUCUGGCCAUGCUCGUUUGCUUUGAGCUUCAGGAAUUUGUGAUGGGGAUUAAGGAGCUUCCACGAGUAGCAAGAUUUAUCCCUAAAAUCAUGUUGGCCAUCACUGUGACGGCGUGUGAUGAGGUGUACAGAAAGAUCGCCUGCUGGCUAAAUGACAUGGAAAACUACAGACUCCAGAGUGCCUAUGAGAAAAAUCUCAUCAUCAAAAUGGUUCUUUUUCAGUUUGUAAAUUCUUAUCUCAGCCUUUUCUAUAUUGGUUUCUACCUCAAAGACAUGGAGCGUCUGAAAGAGAUGCUGGCCACGCUGCUGAUUAUCCGGCAGUUUGUGCUGAACAUGAAGGAAGUCCUGCAGCCCUACUUGGCCGAACGGCACCGAUUGGGUGAGCUCACGCUGCGGGCUGUUUGGGAGCUGCUGGUGUCUGCACUGCUCAAGUACGGGCGACUCGCAGCAGGACGAGCGCAGGUCUCGCCCAGCGACCCCACUGUGCUCGGGUCAGGUCUGCGCGGCCCACAGAUGGGUGAGGAGGGCCCCCAAGAGAGGCGAGAACGCAAGUGUCUCAAUGGUGGCUGUGGCGUCCCAGACGAGGAUGUGGAGGAGGAGCCUGGGGAGAGGCACAGCGAAGAAGAGAACGAAUCAGAGAGCCUCAUCGACUGCGGCCUGAAGCUGCGAAAGGUCAGCUUCAUUGAGAAGGUGGACCGCAAGUCCGCGAGCUGCGUCAGCCCAGUGGACGACAGCUUCCUGGAGGAGGGCAGCCCUACCAUGGUGGAGAGGGGCAUGGAUCCUGCCUCGGUUUUUGAGAUGUGCGAUGAUGAUGAUGAAAACGGGGUUCCAGAGAUGAAGGAACUGACAGGGGAGCCGCUGACAACAGGAGUGGAGAACAGCACGUCAGUCAGGCUCAGGAAGAGGGGGCGGAGCUUAGAGAGGGCUGACGGUAAGACGAAGAGAGAUUCGUGGAUGGAUCCUCCUGAAGAGCAAGAAACCGCUACGCUAACACAGGCCGAGAUCGAGAGCUGCAUGCAAACGUACCAGGACACAUUUCAGGACUACCAGGAGAUGUUUGUUCAGUUUGGAUAUGUGGUUCUCUUUUCAUCUGCCUUCCCAUUGGCCGCCAUGUGUGCCCUCAUCAACAAUAUCAUUGAGAUCCGGAGUGACGCGUUUAAACUGUGCACCAGCCUACAGAGACCUUUCGGCUUGAGGGUGGGGAGCAUCGGACAGUGGCAGACAGUGAUGGAAGCCAUGGGUCUGAUUGCCAUCAUAGUGAACUGCUAUCUGAUUGGUCAGUGUGGGCAGCUACAGAGACUGUUUCCCUGGCUCAGUCCUGAGAUGGCCAUUAUCUCAAUCGUCAUCCUAGAGCACUUUGCAGUUCUACUGAAGUAUAUCAUUCAUGUGGCAAUACCAGACAUCCCCAGCUGGGUGGGAGAGGAAAUGGCCAAGCUGGAGUUUCAGCGCAAAGAGGCAUUUAAGAAGCAUGAGCGUCAGGCACAGCAGCAUUUCCAGCAGCAGCAGAGGAGGAAGCGUGAGGAAGAGGAGCGGCAGCGCCAGGCCGAUUAUCAGGCCCGGCGGGAUCGAGACGACGGACGCUCGGACUCCUCGGGUGGCGACCACCACCACGACAAGAGCCAAAGUGGCAAAUCCAGAUCCAGCGCUUCUGGGGGGGAGAAACCCAAGCGACCCAGCUCACUUCUCGGUAACAACAAUGUCAUGAAACUGAAGCAGAUCAUCCCUCUACAGAACAAGUUUUCUUCCGGCACAGCCCGUUCCCCACAGUCGCCUACGGGUAGUGAACCCAAGCUGCCGGGUUUUCUUAGUUUCAAGUUCCUGAAGUCUCCCGAGAACAAGAAAGAGACCGCAACAGCUUCCUCUAGUACGUCAACAGUUCCUCCAGUCCAGGAGAGGGCGGAGAGGUCCCAAUCACCCAACAAGUCCUUCAAUCCUGGGAAACUCUUUAACUUUGGGAAAUCAGAAGGAGGGGCAUGUGUAAAUGGAGCUCAAUCUUCAAAACCAGGGGAUGGCGGACAGAUGCACGACAAGCCCCCCAAUAAGUCCGACCUCAACGGGGUCCCGGACGAAAUCCCAUCCCCUUGUGGAGAGAAUGGGGAGAAUGGAUCCUCAUCCGAUGCUGAUCCUUCAGGUCCUAAGAUGUAACAAGAAAAUGAUCUCCAUUAAAAAAACAGUGUGUGAAACUACUUAAUAUCACUGAGGGAGGGAGAGUGGAAAGGGGAAGGUCCUCUUCUGUUUUUGAGGCUGUGUAAGACUUGACCUGGAAGCUGUUAAGUAAAAUAGAUAAGGGGGAAUUCACUUAAGGCCCGGGAAUACUUCAUUUUCCGUGUUCUGCUCCAUCUAACACACAAUUGUGUGUGCAAGCACUUCAAAGUGUACUCUCUUGACUGAGCACAGAUGGAUGUGUUCGGUGCUACCUAGUGGACUUUUCUUUUGGAGCGCUAAAAUCGCUCACACGUGCACUGUUGUACAUGCACACGUCCACGUGGACACAAAAAUUGGGCUCCUGGGCAUAUGGGGUGCAUGGACAUCAGCGGACUGUGCUAUUGACGAAAAUUGCGUCAUGCUGACUGUCUGCAAGCCGGAGCGGAACACGGACUAGAGAAGUUUACUUUCGGCAUUAGAAUAUAUUGCGCCCACAAAUUAGCGUUGUGUAUUUGCACGUGUUGUCAGCGUUGUUUUAGCACCCGAUUC